UAUUUUGUACAAUUUCUCAGUUAAAAGACCUCUCUUUUCGUCAUUUUUCUGUUCUCCGAUGGCUUCUUAUUCUACUUCGGUUACUCCAUCAUCUCACUUGGCUGCCAAACUCGCUCCCCCACGCGCCAUUUCUUCUCAUUUUUCCUCUAAUCCCAACUCUUUGAACAUCUCCUUUCCUUUGAAAAAUGGGUCCUUUAAGCUUCGUCGCAAUGCGCCUUCUAUCACUCUCAAAACCCUUUUUGCCCAUGACCCCAAAGCUGCUGUGGUUACUAAAGACACAUGGGAGAAAUCAGUAAUGAAUAGUGAUGCCCCCGUUCUUGUCGAAUUUUAUGCGAGCUGGUGUGGUCCUUGUAUGAUGGUCCACCGCAUUAUCGAUGAGAUUGCAAGUGAAUAUGCUGAUAGAGUGAGCUGCUUUAUUCUCAAUACUGACACCGACUUUCCAGUUGCAGAGGUUUAUAACAUUAUGGCCGUACCGGUGGUGUUACUGUUCAAAAACGGAGAGAGGAAAGAGUCUGUUGUUGGUACCAUGCCAAAGGAGUACUAUAUAGCUGCCAUAGAAAGGAUUCUGAAAUCAUGAACGAUGAAACGGUGCGUAACCAGGAUCUACGGUAAAGCUUUUUGCCCUCUCUGGUGUAUAUAAUGUUAAUCGGUGCACAAGUUGUUCAUCCUUUAUAUCAUGGUAGUGAAACUGGAGUCCGUAAAACUAUAAAACUGAUGUUACCGAUGCAAUCUUCCCAGUGUACCCAGAUUCUCUUUUGGAUUACUUUGUGUACUGUUCUAUCAAGCUAGAAAAGUUUUUUGUUGAAGAUAGGAAGCAUUAAUCAGUGAGAAUGAUUAGGGGUGUAAUCGAGCUGAGCCGAGCUCAAGCUUGACUCGAAAUUCAGUGCUCGAUACUCUGCUCGAGCUUUGACGAACAUCUAUUUUUAUGCUCGGGCUUGGCCCAAGAUAUAAAUUUUUGUAUUCAAGUUCAAAUUCAAAAAUCAAACUUAGGGUUAAUAAUGGAUA